AUGAGGGGUUUGGGACCCUGCCUCUCCUCCCUGCUCAUCGGGUCUCUUCUGCGCCGCGACAGGUACAUCAUGACAAGUGGCCGGACUAUGGAGUCCACCAAGGAGUUCUUCCUGAAGCAUCACUAUUUUGGCUUGAAGAAGGAAAACGUCAUCUUCUUCCAGCAGGGCAUGCUGCCCGCCCUGGGGUUUGAUGGGAAAAUCCUGUUGGAGGAGAAGGGCAAGAUUGCCAUGGCGCCAGAUGGCAACGGGGGCCUGUACCGGGCCCUGGGGGCGCAUGGCAUCAUGGAUGACAUGGAGCGGAGGGGCGUGCAGAGUGUCCACGUCUACUGUGUGGACAACAUCUUGGUGAAGGUGGCUGACCCCAGGUUCAUCGGGUUCUGCUUGGAGAAGGGAGCGGACUGCGGGGCCAAGGUGGUGGAGAAGACCAACCCCACGGAGCCAGUCGGCGUGGUGUGCCGAGUGGAUGGUGUCUACCAGGUGGUGGAGUACAGCGAGAUCUCCCUGGCCACUGCCCAAAAACGGGGCCCGGAUGGGCGACUGCUCUUCAACGCGGGCAACAUUGCCAAUCACUACUUCACCACUGCCUUCUUGAAAGAUGUCGUCAACACUUACGAACCGCGGCUGCAGCACCAUGUAGCCGAGAAGAAGAUCCCACAUGUGGACAUUGCUACGGGGCAGCUGAUCCAGCCUGAGAAGCCUAACGGGAUCAAGAUGGAAAAGUUUGUCUUUGACAUCUUCCAGUUUUCCAAGAAGUUUGUGGUGUACGAGGUGCUGCGCGAGGAUGAAUUUUCUCCCUUGAAGAACGCAGACAGCCAGAACGGCAAGGACAACCCUACCACAGCCAGACACGCCUUGAUGUCCCUGCACCAUUGCUGGGUUCUCAAUGCGGGGGGGCACUUUGUGGAUGAAAAUGGCACGCGCAUCCCUGCCAUUCCUCGUGUCACAAACGGAAGGUCAGAUGCCACCCCAGCAGAUGUCAAUGACAACUUGAAGGAUGCAAACGACCUGCCAAUCCAGUGUGAAAUUUCUCCCCUCGUCUCCUACGGAGGAGAAGGUCUGGAAAAGUACGUGAAGGACCGAGAGUUUCGCGCACCUUUGAUUAUCGACGAGGAUGGGAUCCACGAGCUGGUGAAGAACGGGAUGUAGCGGUGGCACGGUGCCCAAGCCGGGCUGGCCGUCCCACCUGGCGGGCUGGAAAUUCGGAGACAUGAAGGUUUAUAGCUGUAACUGGUAGGGGCUGAUCCUGCUCUCUCUGGCCCUGUGCAGAGGAGGAUGUAACCCACUCGGUUCUUGGCAUGUUGUACGCUUCUAUUUAUAUUUUAAUUUAAAAACCGAACACUUUAUGGAUUCCCCUGCCACAAAGCACAGCUAUGGCACUGCUCUUUGCACUCCAGGCUGUGGGCAUUUAUUUUUAAACAUGUAUAUAGUAAUAGUCAUUGUACAUGCAGAGGAUUUUUAUGGUACGGGGCUGGGGUUAAUCUUGAAUUUUUAUUUUUUUCUCAAAUCUACAUGACUAUUUUUUUUAAUAGGGUCCUUGUUUUUGCCCGUAUCCUCCCUUUUAGUCAUCCUUUGUACGUUGCACAACUGGAAGCACCCGAUUA